AUGAGUUGUUAUUUUAUUGCGCGGCGUUCGUCGCCAGUUCGAUUCUGCUCUAUAAAUUCUGUCGAAGGAGAAAAUUUUUAUCCAGGAACUGAUAUAUCUCUUAAGGAAGCGUGGCGUCGUCGAGUAGAGCUAAGGAAAAGCAAGCUUCAACGAGAGGAACAAGUUCUGCUGUAUUCCAAAGUUUAUUAUGCUCCAGAAUGGAAUUUUUAUAAAGGAUUUGCUGGCGAAGACACGGAACAUGUUUAUCCUUUGGCAAGGAAUUUUAUAACUCCUGAGAAGUGGGAAUAUUAUAAUAAAGUGGUAUGGCCUCCGAAUUACGUCAAUCCUGAAACUGGUUUGCCGAUACUUCGUCAGGUUUAUCACUGUCGAGAAUCAUUCCAUUACAGUCCAAAACGAAUGUGGUUAGCUUGUCAGUUUGUUUGGCGAAUGAACGUUGAUGAGGCAAUAUUACAGUUAAGAUUCCGACAAAAUAAGGGUUGUAACAUCCUAAAAGAUGUGUUAGAAGAAGCAAAGCAAAGAGCGCACAAUGAAUUUCAUGUUGAAUAUCCGUCUGAUAUGCAUGUUGCCGAGGCGUUUCCACUGCAGUGUCAUAUCGUUAAAGGAAUAAGACGACAUGCUAGAGAACAAUAUUAUCCAAUCCGUUAUCGAUAUAUACAUCUUUUUGUGAGACUCGAGGAAGGUGAUGGACCAGGUUUCAAAGGCCGUGAGCCGAAGAAAAAUGGUUGGGAUAAAAUGGAUGAACAUUUUAGAAUACUUAGGAAUCGAAAAAUAAAAUAUUCAAUAUGA